CCACCUUUAAAAUGGUCACUGUCCUACGCGGUUACUGGGAGACAUUUCUUUUCGCUCGACGCUUGAUUGUGUAGCGGCAGGACGAGGAAAUCCAUUUGCAUCGUGGAUAUAGUGUGCUCGAAAGCUACUCAAGAUGACUGAGACUUUACAACUACGAGGCACGCUUCGUGGCCACAAUGGAUGGGUCACACAAAUCGCUACAAAUCCGAAAUAUCCGGAUAUGAUCUUAUCCUCCUCACGUGAUAAGACUUUGAUUGUGUGGAAGUUGACACGUGAUGAAGCUAACUAUGGUAUCCCACAGAAGCGUCUGUACGGCCACUCGCAUUUUAUAAGCGACGUGGUCCUUUCAUCUGAUGGUAAUUAUGCGCUGUCUGGCUCAUGGGACAAAACUUUACGCCUUUGGGAUUUGGCAGCAGGUCGUACAACUAGAAGAUUUGAAGAUCAUACCAAGGAUGUCUUGAGCGUUGCUUUCUCUGUGGACAAUCGUCAGAUUGUUUCUGGUUCACGAGACAAGACCAUUAAGUUGUGGAAUACAUUGGCUGAGUGCAAGUAUACCAUACAAGAUGAUGGACACACAGAUUGGGUCAGCUGUGUACGGUUCUCUCCCAACCAUGCAAACCCCAUAAUUGUUUCCGCAGGCUGGGAUCGUGUUGUAAAGGUUUGGAAUUUGACGAAUUGUAAACUAAAGAUCAAUCACAACGGUCAUACUGGAUAUCUAAAUACGGUUACAGUAUCGCCUGAUGGCUCACUCUGUGCCUCUGGUGGCAAGGAUUGUAAAGCUAUGCUCUGGGACUUGAAUGAUGGCAAGCAUUUGCAUACUUUGGACCAUAAUGAUAUCAUUACAGCACUGUGCUUCAGCCCUAACCGUUAUUGGCUCUGCGCUGCUUUUGGACCAUGGAUCAAAAUUUGGGAUUUGGAGACCAAGGAGAUGGUCGAGGAAUUAAAACCCGAGGUAGUGUCUGCAACCAGCAAGGCGGAACCUCCUCAGUGCUUAUCACUUGCGUGGUCUACCGAUGGUCAGACCUUGUUUGCUGGUUACUCCGACAAUACCAUUCGCGUUUGGCAGGUUUCUGUAUCUAGCGUGUCUCGAUAAGUAUUUUGUAGUAAAAAUAUAAAACUGAAUUUCGAGACUAAA